AAUGGGCUUCGGCCUGCCUGCCCAAUUUGUACGUCGUCCUGCUCCGAACAGCCACGGGCGAUAGCACGAGCGACCAAAUUUGGGGCGGAUUGUGGUGGCGGAAUGGUGAGGGUAUCCCGUGUUCUCCUUUUCAAGGACGGCGGCGGAGGUGGCGGCAAUGCACUCCUCACGGUGCUUUCCGAAAUCUUGGUCUGCCCUCUCUCCAAGCAGCCCCUCAGGCAUUGUCCAGAUUCCCGGUCCCUGGUCAGCGAUGCCGUCGGUGUUUCGUUUCCGAUCGUCAAUGGAAUCCCUUGUUUGGUGCCAAAGGACGGCAAGUUGCUGGAGGAUCAAAUCAAAUUGAAAGUUGAUGAUUCAUGUAUUGCCAAAGGUUCCAGGCGAGAGAGACAACUGAGAAUCCAGUGAGACAUAUUCCCAAUUGUAUUACUGCAUUUAGAAUUUUGCAUAUGUAGUUCGAAGGAAGAGUUCUUGGA